AUGGGCUGUGAGUUCAAGACCGCGGCCCUCCAGUAUCCCCCUUACAUAAAGUAUAUGCAGCAGAAGGAGACAAAGAGUCCUCGCCUGCAGCUUCUGGAUUCACUUGACUAUCGUAUACUCACAGAGGUCGCUCAGCAUUUCAACUAUACCUAUACCCUCCAAGAGCCCUCGGACGGCCAGUGGGGAAUGCCCUUGGCUAAUGGCAGUUGGACAGGCAUCAUACGGACCCUCCAACGCCAGGAGGCCGACUUCUCCCUCGCCCUAACGUCUACCUUUGCCAGGUCGCGUGUGGUCGACUUCUCGAGAGUUUACAUGGGGGAACCGCUGAUCAUUAUCUCGGCCAAGGCACGCCCUCUUCCCAACUACCUGUCACUCAUUAGUCCUUUCUCUGAAACGGUCUGGGCGACGCUCUCCGUCAGCAUCGUCGCCUCCAGUCUGACUCUGUGGCUCCUCCAGAAGGCGUGGGCUUAUGGCACCGGCGGCUCUGAUCUACGGCUGAGCUCCGCCCUCCUGUACAGCUGGGGCACCCUGAUGGAGGACUCGCCCGCCGCGACGCCGCCCAACUCCUCCGGCCGCAUCUUGGUACUGACGUGGCUCACCUACUGUCUAGUCAUGACGACGGCCUACCGCUCUUCCCUCGUGGCCCACCUCACCGUCCAGGGAAAGACGGCAGAGAUAAAUUCCUUCGAAGAUCUCUUGUCACACAGCGGGUGGUCCUGGGGCAUGCACUCUAACGCAGGGGCGACGGAAACUUACAUGAAAUCCAAGCCAAACCCUGUGAUCGAAAAGCUGGAAAAGAGAAUGCAGUUUCUUACAGCAGAUGAGAAUGUUGCGCUUGCAUUAAAAGGAAGUCAUGGAUACAUAUCCUCGAAGUACAGCCUUUUAGCCGAUAUUGCUAUAGAAUACACAGACAGCCUCCGUAUCAGCAACACAGAAUACAAUCCUUUUCCUGGAGUUGCAUGGGCAUUCAGAAAAGGCAUUCCCUUAAGGAAGGACGUGAUCAGACUGACGCAGAGACUAAUGGAAGCCGGUUUGAUUGAUCGCUGGAUGGAGGAGGUGCUCAGGUCAUCGGGCUCCGGAAAAGUCGCACAGCGAAGGCAGCCAGAAGACAGCCACGUGGUUCUCCGAACGGAGCACCUUCUGAGCGCCUUCAUCCUGCUCUUUUUGGGUCAUACUAUGGCCGGCCUCGCUUUCUUUUUUGAGACGGUGACAACUGUAGAUGAGUGUGGUUGCUCCUCGGAGCAACCACACUCACAAUAA